CCGCUCGCUUCCCCUCUCCCUACUUUACUUGCAUCGUACCUGAUCUCCAAGAACUAUCACCAUGGGCGUUGUACUAGGAAAACCAACUCCCCCACCAUCACCGGCAGCACCACCACCGGGAGCACCACCGCCGGGAACACCACCACCGGGAGCACGAGCACCACCACCACCACCAUCAUCACGACGACCACGACCACCAGGACCACCACCACCACCAGGCGUGAGUAAGGUACCUGCGGUGCUGGAAUACCAAUUUUACGAGCCGGGAACAUAUGGUGCAAUGAGAUAUUAUACUCCGGUCACAUUUCUCCCCACAAGCGACCUCGAAAAGUUCAGCAUUCAAUGCAAUUAUUUCAUCCAUUUCCAUCAGUCACUUGUUAUCAAAUAUCGACUUGAUGAAAUGCCUCGAACCGGAAGCUUCCUUCCGAUCUCGAUCCUCGAUCACUGCUUCCGGGCCGAGAAGGCAUUGCGAGAUAACCCCUCCUUCGACUGCGAGAUCUUGGAAGAACCUCGUGCGCUAGCUGCCGAAAGCGUAGAAGAGGAAAUUCGCGUGUUGAAAAAAUGGGCAGACACUCUACGUUGCAAAUUGAGGACAGAAAAACUGCAAGAAGUGGAAAUGCUCAAAAUUUGGUUGCUCCUUGGCGAGAGCGUGCGAGUGGAAAGAAAUACUUCUUAUCGUGGUAGGUGCUUUGUGACCAAAGGAACGGGCAUAUUGGAGGGCGUUGAUAUUGAUGCGGAAGGAGGCGAUGGAGGCAUAUUUGUGAAUGGUCAACGCUUUUGCUUUAGUGGGGCAGACCUCUUGAAGCAAGAGUGGAAAGUGACACCAUUGGGAGAGGAAGUGAACAUUGAAGGGUUGAGUGACGACGGUGGUUCUAUUACAAGUGAGUUUGAGGAAGCGGAAGGAGAACAAGAACACGUGGAGCAGAGCGAGAAAAAGAAGGAUAUGGAUGAAUAAGCUACACGUCGACGUGGAUGCGAAGUAGACGUGGAAGGUUUCUUCGAAGGCUCUCGGAC